GCGCUCGGCGGGGAGAUGCCUCUGGAGGAUGGUGGUGCGGCCAGGCGGAGCGGGCGGCAUCCCUGCGGCGUCACCGGCUGCGAGGGGACGCGGGACGCCCCGCACCGGGCCGAGCCGGCUCCCCGUGUCAGCGAGACGGAGGAGAUGGUGGAGGAUGAGGAGCUGUGGCCGGAGCGGGAUGAUGGAGAUGUGACCUCUGGACGGGGAGAAGAGGCGUGCGGGGCCCUGCAGCGGGCGGGGAGUGGGGAAGCGCUGAUGGCCGAGCUCUCAGAGAGAGUGCAGGAGGUGGUGCGGAGCAGCGGCUGGUGGGAGAGGCACGGCGUGGACAUCUGCAUCCUCAGCUGCAGUCUCCUAGCGCUGCCAGCAGGAUUUCUAUGCCUGCGUUCAGCCCACACCAUCCCUUUCCUGGCAGGCGUCCUCACCCUCGGCGUGGGAUAUCACACCCUGGCUGUGAAGGGCAGCCACCUGGCCAGCCACAAUGCCCUGACCAAGUCCAGGUCCUGGGGCAAAGUGUGGGCUGUCUUCUUCAUUGAGUUCUGCUCAGCAUUCACUGCCGAGCAGGCCAGCUACAACCACGUGAAGCUCCACCAUGGCUACACCAAUGUCAUUGGCCUGGGGGACUCCAGCACCUGGAAGCUGCCUUUCCUGAACCGCUACGUCUAUUUGUUCAUCGCGCCGCUCGCCGUGCCCAUCAUAACCCCCCUGGUUGCACUAGACUUGCUGAGGAACGUGGAGAUGAGGGCUGCUCUCCGCACUGUCUGCCUCAUGUCGCUGGGGCUGUGCUGCCAUUACUGCCUGCUGCGCCACGUCUCGGGCUUCCAGUCGCCGUGGUCUGCCCUGCUCUGCAUGCUGCUCACCCGCUCUCUCCUGGCCCACCCCUACAUCCACGUCAACAUAUUCCAGCACAUCGGCCUCCCCAUGUUUGCAGCCGAUCGGAAGCCCAAGCGCAUUCAGCAGAUGAGUCUGGGUGUGCUCAACCUGCCCCGCAAUGCACUGCUCGACUGGUGCUUUGGCCACUCGCUCAUCAGCUGCCAUGUGGAGCACCACCUCUUCCCCAGCCUGUCUGACAACAUGUGUCUCAAGAUCAAACCUGUGGUGUCGCAGUACCUGAAGGAGAAGCGUCUGCCCUACAAUGAGGACACCUAUGGCUCCAGGCUCCAGCUCUUCCUGCAGAAGUAUGAGGAGCUGAUGGUCCAUGCACCGCCCAUCACAGAGCUGGUGGGCAUCCAGUGAGCUGGGGCCGACUGGCUGCAGGAAACAUUCCUCCCGGUGCCCUGGUGCUGAGCAGGGGGUCAUGCCCCCCUGGAGCUGCUUAUGGACAGAGUUCGGUUCUACCCGCACUGCUUUCAUGCUUGGGAGGGUGAAGCAAAGCCCCAUCGGCUGCGUCCUCGUUGGAAGCAGCAGGUGGCAGGGCUGUGUCAUCGUGUGCUGCCAGGAGUUGUGGAAAGAUGUGGGGGGGCAGGGGUUGUUACUGCCACUGUGCUUUACCUGGCUGGGAUGGGGGAAUCUGUCUCUUCUGGGAACAUGGAAUUGGCAAAUUCAGCCCAAGGUGUUGAA